UGGCACAAGAUGUUUUGUGCGUGCCAAGGUUAAUUUAUCGACACAGGCUGCGGUGAUCGUUGCUAGGCAUAUAAUAUAGGGUUGCCACAAUAACUAGGGGGGGGGGGGACAGCAGAAUGACGUACAGAACAACAUGUUGCACCAGAUAAGCAGAAAACUUCCAGAGAGUGAAAAAGUUCUGACAGGGGCGGGGGCUGCUUGUAGAAGGGGUAUAAGAAAAACGGUGAACAACAAGGAAGUCGAACUCUGUGGGGGUUCGGUGCAUUGCAGAGUUCCCAGAUCGAUCUGUGGUAAUAAAGGGUAUUGGACAACUCAUCCACGCCUUCGAGUGAUCUCUUCUCAUCCACGGACCAGGUGGAGACGGCGUACUCCAAGAAUUUGGGGGCUCGUCCGGGAUGAGCUAGAGAUUCCGAGAAAUUGGCAGACUUAGACAAGAUCCUGUGGACGACUACGGGCGCCCAACUUAAAGUAAUGAUAGUAAUGCUGCAAAUAUUGAAGCAGCCAGACUCCUGCAACAGGCUGCAAGGUUACUGAGGGGGGAGUCAGCCUCUAGCCAGCCAAAUUAUUCUGCUCAACCUGAGAGACAUGAGCGUACCUUAAAUCACACUCAACCAGAAGACGCUAUUCAGAGAAACUUGGUGAGGCUCUUUCAGCCAUAUGACCGUGCAAGGGGGCAACGUUUUUCAUCUCAAAAAUCCAGGAAGAGGCCAAGCAUGGCAGAGACAUGGACCCACACCUUCUUUUGCCUUGCGGACAAAGAUGAAGAUCAUGUACCUCCACCAGAACGCAGCUUGGCUCUACAAACCAUUGGUCUGGGAAGGAAAAGAAUAACUUUUCCAGAUAAAAAUGGAACACAUGAAGAUCUCUGUGAGACUUUGCAUUCUUUUUAUCCACCGCUUAAGGAUGCAGGAGGAUUCCAAAUUUUGAGGGGUUUCAGGAGCAAAGCCCUGCAGUCCAUACCCAUACCCACCAGUGGGUAUAGUAUUAAGUUCCUUCGGACAGAAAGUGGACUGAACCAGGCUGUGGCCUAUGUCAGGCCACUACAGACUAGUAUACCAAUGAUAGAGUUACAGGAUUCCGAUAAGGUAGAAGCAGUGGCUAUGGAAAAGUGCAAAACAUGUGAGACUGAAAUCCCGUUACAGGACCUGGCACGACAUAUUCAAUGCUGCACAAGGACACAGCCUGUGAGCAGUUUCACCUUGGAAGUCCCCUCUUCACCAGCAGAGGACGUGAUAGUUUUAGAAACUGUGAAUGAACCAGUGGCAGGUCCCAGUGGGUACCCGUCUCAGUCACUAAUCCCAGCAUCCACAUCCACUGUGGUCCUCAGUGAACCAGCUGUGCCUACGUACAGGGACUAUGUUGAUCUAAUUUGCCCUGAUGUUUGGAGUGACUCAGACAAUGAAGACCUUAACAGAGCAAUAGAAGAGUCCUUGAAGGACCAUCCCUGCACAAAACUUAGGACAGACUUUUAAGACAUCACAGAAAGGUAACCAACUUGGCACAUGCCUGCCUCUAUGUGUAGGCUUUACUGUACACCCAUUCAUUUUUCUUUUGUUCCAUUCAUCCAUACUUUUCUUUCCUUCCUUUCUUGUCCUCCCUUCUUCUGCCACACUCAAACACACAACCACACGUGAUACACACUCAUCCCAUUACUAAACCCUGAAUUU